AUGGCUAGCGACGAGUCUAAGAAGAAAUUAGCAGAAGCCAGUGCGCAGCAGUUGAAGACUGAUACCGUGUGCAAGUGCUGCCACAAACAGGAGGCAGAAUUCGGUCCCAGUACCUGCGGUCAUAUCUUCGCCUGCAAGCGUUGUGCUAUGAAGAUUGCCACUGGCGGGAAAUGCAAAGUUUGCGGCGAACUAUUUGCUGAUAUCGUCCGCGCUUAA